GUGUGUUUUGUUUUAACAAAUAGUUAUUUGUUCAACACACGUUACACAUCAGUGGAAACACUUGUGCACAAACUUAACUAACUUACUACAGCACACAGCUCCAGUAGAUCAUCUGGUAGCAAAUGGCCAUUUGUUUGACUCCCAGGAAAUACACAUACUGAUAUAAUGUUUAGCUUGAUCUGUCAAAUUAAUGUUAGUUAGUUAGGUUGUUAGUUAGGUAGUUGGUUAGCUAUUUAUUCUGCUAGAAUAUCCACCAAUCAGAGUGUCAUGCCAAACAAACUGCAGCAAAAGAGCCUAGCAGCAACUGCCCACUUUCCUGAUGCACUGCGAAUAACACAACUGAUUCCCCCUUCACUUUCAAACUACUUAUAUAUUUGUAUAUAUAGCGGAAUAUUUUGCAAUAUACUUUGAAUAUAUUGAUUCUAUACUUAUAAUCUACAACUUUAAAUCAAUACUUUUAUAUUUCUCAAUUGUAUUAAAUUUGAUUAAAUCUGUCAUGGUGCUUCAUGGGAUUGUAGUUCAUUCUCUCAUUAAAAAAACAAUAAGUACACAGUCUUGUAACUUUUUUGUUUUUUUCAAAAAAUGGUUUUUUACAAUACUAUUAAAAUAAUUUCAAAUUAAAGUUUCUAAUUUUGUGAUUCAACCCAGAGCUGAUUGUUUUGGUUCAUGGCUUAGAACUCUUUUAUGAAGGAUUUUACAAAAUCGCUAUGGAAAAAUGGAUGGGGAAAAUAAUUUUUUUAGAAAAAUUAUUCCAGAAUGAAGACAGCUGAAACGGUCCAUAGCAGAAAUGGGAUUUGGCCCUCCACAUGGUUUGCUCCGGGCUGUGGCACAUUUAUCUAAAUUUUUUCAGUGGAUUUUUCAGUAAUCUUGCAUUGGGACCCAACGCACCUACACAAGCUUUUAGCAUGCUCAGGGUUGCCAGAUAAGAGAUGCAAACCCCCAAUCAGAGCUUUAUUCUUUGACAGUUUGGAAAUAUUCCACCCAGUGUUCUACUUCAUUUGUGUCUCUCUCUCUCUCUCUUCCCCUAUCAAAAAAGCUUUGCGAUCUAUAGUGUGACAUUCUGCUCAAGGAAAGUGUGAUACAACCACUCUGACUGUGUCCAUUCAUGAGUCUGCUUGUAUGGUUUGAUGCUUCUAAGUCUGAAGGCAAGCCUUCUCAGUGAUGCAUUUAAAUAAAUAAAAUCCAAACAUACAGUGGAUCUCGGCAUCAUUGCCAUGUGAGCAAAAGCAAGCGAGAGAGGAAUGUUUUGUGUGUGUGUGUGCGUGUGUGUAAUGUAGAAAUGUUGAAGUCCGGGGCCUGGGUAGCUCAACGAGUAUUGAUGCUGACUACCACCCCUGGAGUCGCAAGUUCGAAUCCAGGGUAUGCUGAGUGACUCCAGCCAGGUCUCCUAAGCAACCAAAUAGGCCCGGUUGCUAUGGAGGGUAGAGUCACAUGGGGUAACCUCCUUGUAGUCGCGAUUAGAGGUUCUCGCUCUCAAUGGGGCACGUGGUAAGCUGUGCGUGGAUUGCAGAGAGUAACAUGAGCCUUCAAAUGCUGGGAGUUUCCACGGUGUCAUGCACAAUGAGCCACGUGAUAAGAUGCACGGAUUGACUGUUUCUGAAGUGGAGGCAACUGAGACUUGUCCUCCGCCACCCGGAUUUAGAACGCAUUAACAGAAGUGCAGUUUGGACCAAUGAAGCUUUAUGAAGAUCAAUUGCAGGUACUGUUAGUGUUUGCCAAAGACGACCCCCAGAGUAACGCAUUCUGCUGGGCGUGUGAGCGUGCUGGUUUCAAAUGUAACGUGGCCAGAACGCCUGACGCUGCGCUUGAGAGUUUCCUGGAGAAAAAUCAUGACCUGAUCGUCAUCGAUCACAGACAUUCCAGAUACUUUGAUGCUGAAGCGCUCUGUCGUUCAAUCAGAGGCAUCAGCUGCUCUCAAAACACUGUGAUCAUCGCUGUUGUGAAAAGGCCGGAUCGAGAAGAAGCCACUGUGAUGCCACUGAUAUCAGCGGGAUUUAACCGGCGGUAUGUGGAGAACUCAAACAUGAUGGCCUGUUACAAUGAACUCAUCCAACUUCACCACGGAGAAAUACGAGCUCAGAUCAAACUCAGAGCUUGUAAUAGUGUUUUUACUGCACUGGAACAGAGUCAGGAAGCCGUUGAGAUCAGCAAUGAAGAUCAACUCAUACAGUAUGUGAAUCCAGCGUAUGAAUGCAUGAUGGGAUAUCAGCGCAGUGAACUGCUGAAAGACAACACUGAAGUGCCGAAGAGUGACAAAAACAAAACAGACCUGCUGGAGAACAUCAGAACUUGCAUUCACAGAGGAAAAGAAUGGCAGGGAGUUUAUUAUGCUAAAAAGAAGAAUGGCGACAGCGUGCAGCAGAAUGUGAAGAUGACGCCUGUGAUUGGUCAGGGAGGUAAAGUCAGGCACUGUGUGUCAAUUAACAGGCCUUUAAAUGACCAUAACAAGACAGAAAAGCCAUGUGAGAGAGUUCAGGCCGAAUCACAGACAGAUAUUCAGCAGUGCAGCAAACAUAAAGAUCGCAGGAAAGGUUCUCUGGACGUUCGUUCAACAACCUCUCGAGGGAGUGACGGAAGUUCACAGAGGAGACAUUCAUCAAUGGCCAGAAUUCACUCCAUGACAAUUGAAGCUCCAAUCACUAAGGUGAUAAACAUCAUAAACGCAGCUCAGGAAAGCAGUCCGAUGCCUGUCGCUGAGGCGCUAGACCGUGUGUUGGAGAUACUGCGCACCACAGAGUUAUACUCGCCUCAGCUUGGGACUAAUGAGGAAGACCCUCAUACGAAUGACCUGGUGGGGGGUCUCAUGACCGACGGAUUGCGCAGGCUAUCAGGAAACGAGUACAUCUUCGCAUCAAAACAGCUGCAUCACAUCCCCAGUCACCUGACCACACCGCUGUCCCUCAACGAUAUCCCACCAUGCAUUGCUCAGACGAUGGAGAACGAAGACUCGUGGGACUUUGAUAUUUUUAACCUGGAGUCAGCUACCAUUAAACGGCCAUUAACAUUUCUGGGUUUGAAGAUCUUCUCACGCUUCGGUGUUUGUGAGUUUUUAAACUGUCCAGAGGCUACGCUGCGCUCGUGGCUGCAGAUCGUUGAAGCUAAUUAUCACUCCAGUAACUCGUACCACAACUCCACACAUGCCGCAGAUGUGCUGCACGCUACUGCAUACUUCCUGUGCAAGGAGCGUGUAAAGGAAAGUCUCGACCCGAUAGAUGAAGUCGCUGCACUGAUCGCUGCUACUGUACAUGAUGUCGAUCAUCCCGGACGCACAAACUCCUUCCUGUGUAACGCAGGAAGUGAACUGGCCAUACUAUACAAUGACACGGCCGUACUGGAGAGUCACCACGCUGCACUCGCAUUCCAGAUCACAACACGAGACGACAAAUGCAACAUCUUCAAGAAUAUGGAGAGGAACGAGUACCGCACACUCCGGCAGGCUGUCAUUGACAUGGUUCUCGCCACUGAGAUGACAAAACACUUUGAACACGUCAACAAGUUUGUCAACAGCAUCAACAAACCACUGACUGCACUGGAGGAGAAUGGGGCUAAUGGUGAUGAGGAGUCCGUGAAGAGCAUUCUGUCAGUUCCAGAGAAUCGUAUUCUUGUAAAGAGGAUGUUGAUCAAGUGUGCAGAUAUUUCAAACCCCUGCAGAUCGCUGGAGCUGUGCAUCGAGUGGGCCGGACGCAUUUCAGAGGAGUAUUUCGCACAGACUGAUGAGGAAAAGCAGCAAUGUUUGCCGGUCGUGAUGCCUGUGUUUGAUCGCAACACCUGCAGCAUUCCUAAAUCACAGAUCUCCUUCAUUGAUUAUUUUAUCACAGACAUGUUUGACGCCUGGGACGCUUUUGCUGAUCUGCCGAAUCUAAUGCAACAUCUGGACAACAACUUCAAAUACUGGAAGAGUCUCGACGAGAGGAAACUACGCAGCCUACGGCCGCCACCCGAGUAACACACAUGCAGUGCGACGGGUUUUGAUUUAUGUGUGAGUGUCUGUCGUCACACGGGACAUGGGACAUGGGAUGGUCAUGACAAGGCGACACGCAUUUGAAAGACAGACGGGCGUCUCACAUUUGUGAAGAAACUAGCGAUCAGCUCUGCACCUGUCUAAAUCUCUACUGUCUGUCUGCUUUCUGUUCUUCUCGUGUAGAUACACACACACACAUACACACACACAUACAUGUAUACACACGUGUAGAGCUGCAGAGACACAUCUGCAGAGCUCUAUUUAUUUUGUUUCUUGUUUUCUAUUAUAAAGUAAUGAUGAAAAUCAUGUUAGCUAAUAAAUAUAAUUAAAAUGAACUAUAAAACGCCAAAGUGAUUAACAUAAAUUAAAAUCUUAUUCUUAUCAUCUGUAUUUAAUAUCUGCAGAGUUAGAGAGGAAACAUUAAUAACACAUACAUUUUUUUAUUUUCUUAUUGAAUGAUGCUGUUUGAAUCUUCCUGUUGCACUGUAGACAUGAGUGUGUGUUCGUGCGUGCGUGUGUGCGUGUGUGUGUGUGUGUGUGUGAGAUGCAUCACUCAGAACCACAGUGGAGACGCGCUCUGCUACCUGCGAUAACACUGUUCACCGCACGGCAGUGAUCUGUGAAAAUAUUCAGACUUGAAGGAUUUUCUUGCAGAGGUUUUUCUAUGUGGCCGAUCUACUGAUGACUGCUGCCUUAUUUUAUACGCUAUAUUUAUACAGCUCAGCGCGCUGUUCACCUGCGACGGACAUCUGCAGUUUUUAACACACUCAUGUUAUAUGAAGUAAAUCUCAAUAUUUUUAUAGAUAUAUUUUACACUGGACUGCUGUACAGCAGAAGCGCCUGUGUGAGACGGAUCAUAAUUUCAUCCAUGUUGUUUUUGACAUGUGGAAUAUCAUCAGUUCAUGUGUGAUGUUAUGAGAGCUUUGAUUCAGGAAAUGACAUGCGACUUGACAGCUGUGACACAAACGCUGCAGAAGAGAGUUUUAUUAUUAAGAAAAAACUAGUUUAAUCUCUCUGUCUCUCCAGCAGGGUUUUUUUUAUUUUUUAUUCAAGUUCAUUCUGUAUGUCACCACAGAGUUCAUGAGUUGAUGUGAAACGGAUAAAACUACUUUGCAUUAUAUUUGUGAAGCAGCUCACAGGUUUUACUCAUGACCUCUAUCAUAAAGCUCAAUAUAUGA